AUGGAGCUGGAGUCGGCAAGUAGAACCGAACUGGGAGCAAUGGGAGACCCGCUGCAACCCCAGACCCCUAGCCGACACGAAAAGAGCCUGGGCUUACUGACGACCAAAUUCGUGACUUUGCUCCAGGAGGCGAAGGAUGGAGUCCUGGACCUCAAAGCUGCAGCAGACACCUUGGCAGUGCGACAGAAGCGGCGCAUCUACGACAUCACCAAUGUACUGGAGGGAAUUGGACUGAUAGAAAAAAAGUCCAAAAACAGUAUCCAAUGGAAGGGUGUAGGUCCAGGCUGUAACACCAGGGAGAUAGCUGACAAGCUGAUCGAUCUCAAAGCUGAGCUGGAAGACUUGGCUGUGAGGGAACAUGAGCUGGACCAACAGAAAGUUUGGGUCCAACAGAGUAUCAAGAACGUCACAGAUGACUCCAACAAUAGCCCUAUGGCUUAUGUCAAGCAUGAAGACCUCUGUGGUGCUUUCAAAGGUGACACUCUUCUAGCAAUUCGUGCUCCAACUGGCACACAAUUAGAAGUGCCUAUACCUGAAUCUGUUCUCAACGGGCAGAGAAAAUAUCAGAUCCGCCUGAAGAGUUCCUCUGCUCCCAUUGAGGUCCUGCUUGUCAAUAAGGACCCAUCUAGCUCCUCUCCUGUUGUUCUGCCAGUCCCCCCUCCAGAGGAUGUCCUUCACAGCCUCCCAGCAACAACACCUACCUCCCAGACAUCCAGUGCUGCCUCCCAGGUCCCCAGAGCUGCCCCACUGACUCCCACCCCCUCCAUCAACCCUAGCCCUGCGGCAACAUUAGCAGCUACAGCAGCCAACCGCACAACCUCAGCAGCAGAAGUGACAAGCAACUCUUCGCUCAUGUCUGCAAUAGAUACACCUGCUCCAACACCUCUAGUUACUCAGCAACUCCAGUCAUCUGCUUCACUGGAUGGACCCACCUCCUCUAACGCUUCUGCAGUAUUUGAACCAAUCAAAUCGGAUCCCGCCGAGUUGCUGGACUUCCCCAAAGACCUCUCAGAAAUGUUUGACCCAACGAAAGAGAUCAUGAGUGGGGACCUGUUACAGGACUUGAUGUCGUCAGAAGUGUUCUCUCCCCUCCUCCGACUCUCCCCUCCUCCUGGUGACCAUGACUACAUAUACACCCUGGAUGAGACAGAAGGCGUAUGUGACCUCUUCGAUAUCCCCAUCCUCAAUCUCUGA